GAAUAGCAGCAGGUUCACAUGCAAAGAAGAAGAAAGACGGCGUUAGCUAGCUGACGGGUGCUGCACAGGACUUGUGUAAACAUGGCAACGUUUUUUGGUGAGGUUUUAUCUGUGUAUUCAAGAGCAGUUGAAGAAGAUGAUUACGAUGACGUAGAGGAAGAAAACGAAGAGGAUUUACAAAUACGUCGGGAAAUUGAAGAGAAAAGAGAUGUUCAUAUCAGGUGGUGUCCAGAGGUUUCAAAAGCAGUAGAGAGCCCUGAAAAGCUCCAGUGUUCGGAUCUGAUCAUAGCAGUGGGACCAAAUGCUGCAGGUUUUGUCUCCGCGUACAUUCUUAAAUCUGAGGGCUGGACGCAGGUCGGGUGGGUGUCUCUGUGGAAUGAAAGGAGUCGCGGUUCCACCCGCCCAGACACGGCUCCUCUCCCUGGAGAACCUGGCUGUGUCUUCUACCAGCAGAAGAGCUGUCCAUCUGUUCUUAUCUGCCAGUGUACAUGCUAUAUUGCUGAAGACCAGCUGUUCCAGUGGGCUGAAAAGGUUCUGGGCAGCAUGCAGAGCAGAGGACUGACAGUGACGGUGUUGUCCGAUUCUCCACUCGCUGAGUACAAAACUCCACAUUACGUGAAUGGCAAUGCUACUCCAUUCCUGCGUGCACUAAAGACCAGCACCUUUACAGAAAACCCGCCCUGCCCUCUGCUAGAGCAGCCCAACAUCAUCACAGGCCUGCCUGCUGCCGUGUUAAAUCAGUGCCAAGUUCAGCAAUUACCGGCUGUGCUCUUCCAGUGCUUCAGUGAUGUCAUCCACCCCGACUCAGUCACCAUGGAGACCUAUAAACCUGCCCUUUCAUCUCUCCGCACACGGGUGAAGCUGGAAACAAGUCCAAACAUGGAAAUACUGCAGAAAUUAACCCGAGUUAAUGAUGCACACAGCAACCUCUACACAUAGAGGAAGCUCCUCAGAGGUGUACACUGUUUUUUAUUUUUAUUUGUAAUGUAUUUUUUAUGGCCAUUAAACACAUUGUGCUCUA